GUCUCAUGUAUGUGGGUGUCUCUUAUUCUCGCUCUCUUUGGUGCCCAUUAAAGAGCAACCCAAGACACGAGGAAGGAAAGGAAGGCGCGUGGUCUCCCCCACCUAACGACCUGCCCCGAUCCCCAGCUGCUCUCCUCUCGUUUCCCUCCUCACCCCUUUCUUCGAAUCUAAAUUUAUCUCCCACUAGGAGAAAAAGAGGGGAUAGAAAAGGAGGGAGGGAGGGAGAGGAAGGGAGAGAGAGCGCCGAUCCGCGAAUCUUGGAAGGCUCUCAUCGUCAUCAGGUUUUUGGCUGAUCACUGAAGGAAAGGGAAUUUCGAUUUUGUUGAUGCAUCAAAAGUAAUGAGAUUUCCUGUUUUAUGUCGGCCCUGGGACUGGCGUUUGAUUGCUAGAAGAACCCCUCUGUGCCUGCGAGGAUAAGAUGCCAUCUACCUAUUUUUCAGGGAAAAAAGGGCUGCAAGCUUCAUCAGAAUUCCUACUAGGCCGGGGCCAGAACUUUGUUUUGGGCAAUACCUGGUCUUUUUCAUUGAAGCCCUUCUCCGAUCUUAGCCACAGCAUUCAUCAGUCUCCUCGGUCUUCUGUUAGUGUCCUUAGAGAUUUCCAUACAAGUGAUCGUUGCAAGGGACCAUCUGUCAUUGGAACGCUCUCUCGCACCUUUUCUGUGCCUUCUGUGACCGGACCUUCUUGCCAGCCUUUUUUGUAUAACACUGACAGUCUGCUUUCUGAUCCCCAGCAAAGGUUUCCCUGCAGCUUGUUCCGGAGAAAUAUAAUGUCUGCUUCCAACUAUUUAUUGGGUAGAGCUGAACCAGGUGCUCGGCAUUUGGAGAAUGGGAACAGAAGUGGACAAGUGUUGAAUUCAGUGAUGCGGGUUGAUAUCAGUCAUAACUAUAAAGGUCUCAAUUAUUGCAGAAGAAUAAGUGGUAGCUUGAAAAAUAGAAAACCUUGGGGUACUAAUAUGGUCUACAAGUGUUUCUGGUCUAAUGCAACUGGGACAAGUUGGAAUUCAAAUUUUUCCUUAGAACCAGGGAUGCAAGAUUCACAGCGUACAGUUCCGUAUUCUGCUGGGGCAGCUCCUGACAUGUCUUUGGAUGGAACUUCACAGGAAGAGCAGCUUGAGAAUUCGGCGGUAUCCUCUGACCUAAAAGUAUUGGGUGACAGGUCUUUGAAGCUGCGUUCUGGAUCUUGUUACCUGCCUCACCCAGAUAAGGAGAAAACUGGCGGGGAGGAUGCUCAUUUCAUAUGUGUUAAUGAGCAAGCCAUUGGCGUGGCAGAUGGUGUUGGCGGCUGGGCAGACCUUGGAGUUGAUGCAGGACAAUAUGCUCGGGAGCUUAUGUCUAAUUCAGUAAAUGCAAUCCUAGAAGAGCCAAAGAGGUCCAUUGAUCCAGCAAGGGUUCUAGAGAAGGCUUAUUCCGGUACGAAAGCAAACGGAUCAUCAACAGCAUGCAUCAUUGCUCUCACAGAUCAGGGUAUUCAUGCUGUAAACCUAGGGGACAGUGGCUUUAUCGUUGUUAGGGAUGGGUGCACCAUCUUCAGGUCACCUGUACAACAACAUGACUUCAAUUUCACUUAUCAACUUGAGAAUGGCAAUGGCAGUGACCUCCCAAGCGCCGCCCAGGUAUUUACCUUCCCUGUCUCACCUGGUGAUGUUAUCAUCGCGGGAACAGAUGGAUUGUUUGAUAAUUUGUAUACUAAUGAAGUUACAGCAGUUGUUGUCCAAGCUGUCAGAACCGGGCUUGGGCCUCAGGUGACAGCUCAGAAGAUAGCUGCACUCGCCCACCAACGAGCGCAGGAUAAGAACCGGCAAACACCUUUCUCUACUGCUGCCCAGGAUGCUGGGUAUCGGUAUUAUGGAGGCAAACUUGAUGACAUUACAGUUGUGGUAUCCUAUAUCGCUGCUUCCAGUUCUUGAUACAAAAUCCAUCUUCCUCUAUACAGUUUUGGAGUCAGAAACCAAUUUAGAUGUUUUGCAUAGGUUCAUCUGCUUCUGUCUUUGGAGCUUCUUUUUCAGGAGAGAAUAUCUUGUUGGUAUCUAUAAUGAGAGGAAGUUCUAUCCCCUUUGUAUUUUAGAUUUCAUUCAGGUGGCUGUCACAAACUUAGAACCUGUGCAUAUUCAGGCUUAAUUUUCUAUAUUUUAGAUUUAUUCCUAACA